AUGGCCGUGAAAUUUGCGUCCGCUUUUGUGCCAGAGCCUGACAAUUUCAUUAUUGAUCCUAUUUUCUCGCAUACUGUCGAUGGGUUGGCGAUGAUCGAUGUGAACGGAGAACUGGUACUGAGUUACUAUUCCAGGGUGAAGAAGCACUCCUCCACUGGUCGUGAUGGAAUUUCUUCACAGCUGUUUCAUUCCUGUGCCAAUGCUUUGGCUGAGCCACUUUCCAUUAUAUUCUCAUAUUUUUUUCGUACAUCUUCGCUCCCCGAAGAUUGGUUGUCAGCUUUUGUCACACCUAUCUUCAAGAAGGGGGACAAGCUUUCUGCUGACAACUUCAAACAAAUAAGCAAGAAAUCUAAGGUUUGCAAAGUGCUCGAGAGAAUUAUUAGCGAUAAGUCAAUAGAGUUUGCCCUGCAAAAUGAAAUACAUCCCAAGGAACCACAUGGGUUUCCUUCUGGUAGGUCCACGAUCACAAACUUACUAACCUGUAUUAACGAUUGA